CCCCUAGCCGCGCCGAGGCGGGGCCCUGUGCGCGGCCCCGCCCCGUCCCUCCCGCUAGAGAACCCUCAAGAGGGCGGUCCCGAGGGCCACUCGGUUCCCGCGCGACCACGCAGCAUGGCUGUCAAGAAGAUUGCGAUUUUCGGCGCCACCGGCCGGACCGGGCUCACCACCCUGGCGCAGGCGGUGCAAGCAGGUUACGAGGUGACGGUGCUGGUGCGGGAUGCCUCCCGGCUGCCCUCAGCGGGGCCCCAGCCGGCCCACGUGGUGGUGGGGGACGUUCGACAGGCAGCCGAUGUGGACAAGACGGUGGCUGGGCAAGAUGCCAUCAUCGUGCUGCUGGGCACCGGCAGUGACCUCAGUCCCACCACGGUGAUGUCCGAGGGGGCCCAGAACAUCGUGGCGGCCAUGAAGGCCCACGGCGUGGACAAGGUCGUGGCCUGCACCUCGGCCUUCCUGCUCUGGGACCCAACCAAGGUGCCCCCCAGACUGCAGGCUGUGACCGAUGACCACAUCCGGAUGCACAAGGUCCUGCAGGAGUCGGGCCUGAAGUAUGUGGCUGUGAUGCCACCACACAUCGGAGAUCAGCCUCUGACCGGGGACUACACGGUCACCCUGGAUGGACGGGGACCCUCAAGGGUCAUCUCCAAACAUGACCUGGGCCACUUCAUGCUGCGCUGCCUCACCACGGACGAGUAUGAUGGGCACAACACCUACCCCUCCCACCAGUAUGACUAGAGUCCACCCGGCUUGUGGGCAGCAGCUCCAGAGAACGGAGCAAGGGAGCAAUAAACGGAGCCCAGAGUUUCAG